GUGAGCUGGUCUGCAGCUGCACGGCACACACAAACGUCUUUCUUCUCUGAUUUGUGUAUGUCUGACUGUUCGCAAGAAGUUUACUUUUCAUGUGAAGGAUUAUUUUACUAUUUUGACCCCAAAGUAUUUAGCGGCAUCACAGACUUUUCUGCGCUGAACUAUCAACGAUUAAUUGGGGUCUUUACAUCAACCUCCACAGACCUGAGCACAAUGUUGAACAACAGGGAUCGCUGGAAGGUGUACAAAAGGGUGGCUGUCAUGUUCUGCCUGGCAGUGGUAGCACUCACUGUUGUCCAGAGAGGAAGCAUCAACAUGGGGGCUCCGUUCGAACUCGAGAGGAGGGCUCGCAUGGAUGCUUCAGAGGGAGUGGAGUCUGGAGCUUUACAUUCCUCUCAGAGGAUAAAAGGUUUUUGGAAGGCAAGCAAACACCAGCCUAGACAGUCAACCACCCGGGAACCUAGUGUUACUGAAGACAACAGCGCUACAACUUGGGAUGUAACCAGCUCUAACUGUAGCGCCAACCACAAUCUCUCAGGCCAGGAUUGGUUUCGGGGACUGGAGGAAAAUUUCAAGCAGUUCAUGCUUUAUCGACACUGUCGUUACUUCCCAAUGCUCCUCAACCACCCUGAGAAGUGCUCAGGGGACAUAUAUUUACUCAUGGUGAUCAAGUCGGUGGCCACCCAGCAUGACCGUAGAGAGGUCAUUCGGAAAACCUGGGGGAAAGAGCGAGUGUUGAAUGGCAAGAGGAUAAAGACACUUUUCCUACUUGGUAAACCAUCCAACCACGCUGAAAGGGCAAACCAUCAGAAGCUUGUGGAGUAUGAGAACCACAUCUAUGGGGAUAUCCUCCAGUGGAACUUUUUGGAUAGCUUCUUUAAUCUCACACUUAAGGAGACCCAUUUUCUCAAAUGGUUUCACACAUACUGCCCAAAUGUUCACUACAUCUUCAAGGGGGAUGACGAUGUCUUUGUCAAUGUGGAGAAUAUUUUCGAGUUCUUAGACAGCACUAGCCAUGCGAGGAAUCUCUUUGUAGGGGAUGUGAUUUUCAAGGCCAGGCCAAUCCGUAAAAAGGAAAAUAAGUACUAUAUCCCACAAGCUCUAUAUAACAAGACCCAUUACCCUCCGUAUGCAGGUGGAGGGGGAUUUCUGAUGGAUAAAACUGUGGCGAGGAGGCUUCACUGGGUAGCAGACACCCUGGAGUUGUACCCCAUUGAUGAUGUCUUCUUGGGUAUGUGCCUUGAGGUCCUUCAUGUCACUCCGAUAAAACACAAUGCCUUUAAGACGUUUGGCCUUGUGAAAAACAAAAGCAGUAAGUUGAACAGAGAACCUUGUUUCUUUAGGAGCAUGAUCGUUGUGCACAAACUGCUCCCAAUGGAACUUAGACGCAUGUGGAAUCUGGUCAACAGUGACUUGGUCUGCUCGCAAAAGGUUGAGAUCCUAUAGCUUGGCGGGGACGAGGAAAAGACAGCACCAACACACAAGCUGAAUCGUGAUGUUUGCCAAAAUAGUUUAAGGCGAGCAGUGCGUAAUCUCCUUUCUGUGGAGAGAGACUGGGACAGUAUUUGUUAGUUCUGCGCAUUUCAUGAGGAGGUUCUUCAAAAGUCACGUAAAUUAUAGUUUGAAAUUGUGGUAUUUAUUGGGUAUUUCAAAGACCUAACACUAAUGCUGUUGCAAUGGGAACCCAAAAGAGGACAGUAAAGUGAUCUGUGUGAUACUGGCCUACAUGGUGCUCAGUGCUUCAGUGGGACUCCAUCUUUGAGCAUAAUUUGCCGCAUACUUUUUCUUCAGCAGACAGUGAGUGAAAGAUGGUAAACCCAAAAAUGUGAAGACAAGUUAUUAUUGGUAAAUACAAAUAUGAAUGUUGCUGCCUGCUCAAAGAAAUUAAUCCCGCUUUUUUUUUUUUUUUUUUUAAAGGGCUAAAAUGACCAUUGUCAGCAGCAUGGUGAGAGAGUGGUUAGCACAUCCGCCUCACAGUUCUGAGGACCAGGGUUCAAAUGCGGCCUCGCCUGUGUCUAGUUUGCAUGUUCUCCGCGUCCCUGCGUGGGUUUUCUCCGGGUACUCCGGUCUCCUCCCACAUCCCAAAAACAUGCACGGUAGGUUAAUUGAAGACUCUAAAUUGUCCGUAGGUGUGAAUGUGAGUGAGAAUGGUUGUUUGUUUAUAUGUGCCCUGCGAUUGGCUGGCAACCACUUCAGGGUGUUCCCUGCAUCCUACCCGAAAUCAGAUGGGAUAGGCUCCAGCAUACACGUGACCCUAGUGAGGAAAAGCGGUGUAGAAAAUGGAUGGAUGGAUGGAUGAUCGUGGCCAUUAAUCAACCCCCCACCCACCGACCCACCCACCGCCGCCUCCCACCCCCACCAAGGUGCCAGUGUCUGUAAGUCAUCAAUGCACAGCCGCUUUCCAUUUAAGUGUACGAAAUAUUCCACUUUACUUUGCCUUGGGCCAGUAUAUGUGUGGCAUCGUGGCUUAACCAACUAAAAGUAAGAGAAUUACUUUCUACCUCAGUAAUCCAGACUCUACUCCAUCUCCAAUAUUAAGUGUCAGAAGUAAACAUUUGUCUCACAUGGUGUUCGGCACACUUUUUUUUAAAUUUUUAUUUUUUUU